UUCAGCUGAGACUUGACAUGGUGAACUGCGCCUACCUUUGACCAGGGAGCUCCUCUUUGUUUGCAGAGUGAUAAGUCGGGACGGUCAAACUGACCAGGGUUGUAGUAAACAAACUUCAGCCAUGCACCUCGGAUGUAGCCAGCUUGACCGCCUUUUGCCGCUGGGCAUGAGACAGCCACUGGUGUGUGAGGAAAGCAGGUCGAUCGUGCGCUGAGAGCUCUGACUCGGGGUUUCAUGGAGUUGGCUGCAAUGUAUCGAAGAAUCCCGGCUUUGGCGUUCUGGAAAUCCAAAACGGUGUAUCUGUUUUUAAUUCUGAUCAGCCUGGUGCUGCACAUCCUGAUCGGCCUGCUGCCUGUCCAGGAGGUAAAUGUACAAAUCUGUAGCCCUGGCAUACAGGGGGGCCACUCGCUCUCAAACCGGCUGUCGUCAAAGGCGAACAGCGAGCUGCAGAAAUUUGCCAGCAUUGGGACGCUGAGCCGCACAUCUCAGUCCCCGGGAAAGGCUAGGGAUUCAGGUGGCGGAAGCCAGCCUCUCCCGGGCAAGCCAUCUCCGAGGUCGGCCCCUGAACUUGACGGCAAUUUGCAGCGGGAUCCCAACAGGCAGGACGCAUCGAAACUGGCGGCACUGUUUCAGCACCCGCUCUACAACAUUCCGAAAGCACCGCUGUCCCCAGAUGACCAGCUCUUCUCAGUGAAUUCUGCGGAAAGGUUCACGGCAAAGAGCAGCAACAGUGAUGGCUGGGUUAGCCACGAGCAGGAGUAUGUUCUGCCCGAUGGCAAAUCUCCUUCUGAUACGUACCCCAACUGGCUGAAGUUCUUCAUCGGAAUUAACCGGUAUGAGCUGUACGCACAGAACAGCAGCAUCAUUACCUCCUUACUGCAGGAGCUCGCAACCUUGAGGAUUGUCCGUGUCAUUCAGAAACUUGGUGGGACUCAGCUGAAGUUGACGAUGACAUUGCAGAACUAUGGCAAGGCCUUGUUUAAACCUUUAAAACAGACCCGGGAGGAGGAAACAUCCCCAGAUCUUUUCUACUUCUCUGAUUUUGAGAGACACAAUGCAGAGAUCGCUGCCUUUCAUUUGGAUCGGAUUUUAGGUUUCCGCCGCAUUCCACCGAUCUCGGGUCGUCACGUCAACGUGGUGGAGGACAUUAAAGAGCUGACGACCGAUGGUCACCUUGAGCAGACCUUCUUUAUCUCGCCAGCCAACAAUGUGUGUUUCUACGGCAGCUGCUCUUAUUACUGCAACAUGGAGCACCCUCUGUGCGGGAGGCCAGAGCUGAUGGAGGGCUCCAUGGCUGCCUAUUUGCCUGAUGUCACACUGGCCAAGCGCCUGUCCUGGAGGAAUCCUUGGAAACGGUCGUACCACAAGACCAAGAAAGCCAAGUGGGAAGUGAACCCUAGAUAUUGUGAUAAGGUUAAAAAAACCGCGCCCUACAACGCUGGCACCCGGCUGAUCGAUCUCAUGGACAUGAUCAUCCUGGACUUCCUGAUGGGUAACAUGGAUCGGCACCACUAUGAAACGUUCCAGAAGUUUGGAAAUGACAGCUUCCUCCUUCACUUAGACAAUGGUCGUGGGUUCGGAAGGCACUCUCAUGAUGAGCUCUCAAUCCUGGCCCCCCUUCAGCAAUGCUGCCGGAUACGGAGAAGCACGUUCCUUCGCCUCCAACUUCUGGCCACAGGGCCCUACAGGCUGAGCGACGUCAUGCGGGAGUCACUGCGGAGUGACCGGCUGUCCCCCAUCCUCACCGAGCCUCACCUCUCCGCCCUCAACCGCAGGCUGCUCACCGUCCUGGAAACUGCCCGAAGCUGCAUCAGGCAACAGGGUGAGCUCAGCGUGGUGGUGAACGACAUGGGAGUCUGGUCAGCGUCCCAGCGGUGAGGGAGGGUGCGUGGCUGGGGGGGAGUGAAAGGUGUGACACGAUGGCGGGUUGAAAGCAGGGGCCCACAGUGCUGUGUACGCUGGAACUUUGUCGAUAAUCUGAGGCUGGGCUCCGGUUUUAACAGUUUAAUAAAGCAUUU